CAUGCCAUGAUUCCUCAUCUCCUUUUCUUCCUGCCCAUCUCAUUUUCAAUCCUUCAUGGCCGCCACAGAACGACAGCAACCUAACCAGUAACGACCGCUCCGCUCGCCCUCUACGACCACUCUUCUUCCUUCUUAAACUCUCUCACCAUUCCCUUCCCAUUUCCGUGACAUUUUCUCUUUUCCUCCCCCUCCUCUCUCUUGAUUUUCGCGCCCCACUUUCUGGUUCUCUGUAGAGCCACUGCAUAUCAUUGUAUCAAAGAAAAAAAAAAUAUUGUGGAAUAUAAGAAAAGAGAAGCUUUUUUCUUGAAAAUAUUAAAUCUUUUGAGUACCCGUUUCAAAGAAAAGAGCUUUUCGUUGAAUCUUUGAGGCUUUACGGAAUGGGUAGUAAAUGGAGGAAAGCAAAGCUGGCUCUUGGGUUGAAUCUCUGUACGUAUGUUCCAAGUAUUCACGAUGAUGAUGAUAACGAUGACAAGGGCUCCUUGUCCUCCAAGCACUCCGGCGGCGCCCUCCCCUCUCCUGUUACUCCCGGCUCGCAUGGGUUGAAGCUUUCUAAAAGCUUGAGUAGAUCUUCCAAGAAGACAUGUUCAAUAUGUUUGGCUACAAUGAAGCGGGGGGAUGGUCAAGCUAUAUUCACUGCUGAAUGUUCCCAUUCGUUCCAUUUCCAAUGUAUUGCUUCAAAUGCGAAACAUGGGAACUUACUUUGCCCAAUUUGCAGAGCGAAAUGGAAAGAGAUUCCGUUGCAAUGUCCUAGUGUGAAUCCUCCUUCUGGAAGGGCGAGAAUUAAUGAUGUGGACUGGGCUCAAGAUAAUGCAUUAGCGACAGUAAUUCGUCGUUUACCACCUCCUCGUUCAAAUCCAAAUAGGAAUGCUGCACCGUUUCGUCAGGCUUCUGAGCCAGCUACCUUUGACGAUGAUGAAUCUUUGGGUCAUCAACUUGAUUCAGCUCAGAAAAGUAUGUCAGAUAAGAAUUACAGAGAUAGUGGAGAAGGCAGAGCAAUAAAGAUCAAGACAUACCCGGAAAUUCCUGCUGUUCCACGGUUCAAUAGUUCAGCUAACUUCACUGUGUUGGUCCAUCUUAAUGCUCCUACUUCAGUUUCUGGGCCAAAUCCAAGUAGUAGCCAGCCUGGCUUGCCACACGUUACCCAAACGCCUCGUGCACCUGUUGACCUUGUCACGGUUCUUGAUAUCAGUGGCAGCAUGGCAGGUACCAAGCUUGCUCUCCUAAAGCGGGCUAUGGUGUUUGUGAUACAAAACCUCGGUCCCAAUGAUAGGCUUUCGGUUAUUGCCUUUUCUUCAACAGCCCGUCGCCUCUUCCCCCUUCGCAGGAUGUCUGAAAUGGGACGACAACAAGCACUGCAAGGUGUGAACUCCUUGGCUGCAAAUGGCGGGACAAAUAUUGCUGAAGGCUUGAGAAAGGGCGCCAAGAUAAUGGAAGACCGAAGAGAAAAAAACGCAGUUGCUAGUAUAAUACUGUUAUCUGAUGGUCAAGACACAUAUACCAUCAGUAACUCUGAUGGGAGCCGGAACCAACAUAACACCCGUUUGCUUCUCCCUUUGUCAAUGCAUAGCGGGGAAGAUUCGAGUUUUAAAAUUCCUGUACAUACUUUUGGGUUUGGCACAGAUCAUGAUGCUUUGUCGAUGCACUCGAUUUCAGAGAUUUCGGGAGGAACCUUUUCUUUCAUCGAGACAGAAAGCGUGAUCCAGGAUGCAUUUGCUCAGUGCAUUGGAGGCCUUCUGAGUGUUGUAGUGAAGGAGCUGCAGUUGAGUAUCGAAUGUGUUCAUCCAGAAGUCCAUCUCAGAUCUUUAAGAACCGGAAGUUAUCCUAACCGUAUCCUUUCUAGUGGAAGAAAGGGAUCCGUUGAUGUUGGAGACCUAUAUGCUGACGAGGAGAGGGACUUUCUAAUUUCAGUGAAUGUUCCUACUGAGCUUUCUAACCCCGAGACUUCACUGUUGAAGGUGAGUUGCGUCUACAAGGAUCCCUUGGCGAAAGAAAUGGUAAACCUCGGAAGUGAAGUGCUUAGGAUCGAGAGGCCUAAAGUAGUAGGGGAAACCAGGGUCUCGAUAGAAGUGGACAGGCAGCAAAACAGACUUCGAGCAGCUGAGGCAAUGGCAGAAGCCCGAGCUGCAGCUGAGAAAGGAAACCUGGCUGGCGCGACUUCUAUCCUUGAAAAGUGUCGCAAGGCAUUGUUAGAAUCAGUGUCGAGUAAAGCUCAUGACCGCCUUUGCCUUGCCCUCGAUGCUGAGCUCAAGGAGAUGCAAGAGAGGAUGGCAAGCCAACACGUAUACAAUACAUCGGGUAGGGCAUACAUUUUGUCCGGGAUGAGCUCACAUUCUUGGCAGAGAGCAACAGCACGAGGCGAUUCCACAGAUGGAUCCAGCCUGGUUCAGGCAUAUCAGACCCCUUCAAUGGUAGAAAUGGUUACUACCUCUCAGGCCACGCUACUCGGAAGUCCUUCAUCUCGGAGACUCGUUCGACCAGUUUGGGCCUCGGGGUCACUACCAAAACCGAGGUAACAUGGCAUGAAGAUGGGAAUUUCGGAACACAAGGCAACACUCUAAUGCUGCUUCUUUUUGUAGUUCUUUGAAUAGUUCUUAUAUGUUCAUAUUUAUCCUGCCUAAUCAUGCAAAGGAAUACGUCCAUGAAUGGAAGUGGGUGAGGGUGUAAUGUAAUUUUAGGGAAAUGGUAUUGAAGGCUAAACUAGCUGAUUAGGAUCUCUUUUCAUUCCUUUUUUGUAGUUGUGUUACUGUUGUACAUACAAGGAGAGAGGCAGAGAGCUAAUAUCUUGGAGGAAAGGUGGGUAAAGUUUGUAAUUGUGGAGUUACUUGGUGAAAUGUUCAUCUUCUAUUGCACAAUAUCUUGCAUUGC